AUGGAACAAACUAUGAUUGAUAAAAGGUCCCCAUCACUUCGGAAUUUUUCACCUAACCCGUCAACAUACAAAUCGGAAAAAGUAGCUAUAGCCGAUGGAGAGAGUCAUUCUCAAUUAGCGGAAGUCAAUGAAACAGGACAUGUUCAAGAAGUUGAACGAAACUUCUCUUUACUUUCUAUAUGUUCAGUUGGUCUCGUUACUGGGAAUACAUGGGCUGCUUUAGGUGGUAGUAUUGCUACAGCUAUUUAUAAUGGAGGUCCACCAGGUGUUUUAUAUGAAUUCAUUGCUGUAUCAAUUUUUUAUUGGCUCGUUGCAGCUUCUUUAGCCGAAUUAGCUUCAUCAAUGCCAAGUAGUGCUGGAGUUUAUCAUUGGGCAUCAAUUACUCCCGGUCCAAAAUAUGGUAAAAUUUGUGGUUGGUUUGCUGGUUGGUGGAAUACGUUUGCUUGGAUUUGUGGUGCAGCUACAAUGUCAUCUAUUGCUUCAAAUGUUGUAGUUGCAAUAUAUGGUCUUUAUCAUCCUGACUAUGUAGUGGCUAGAUGGCAUAUUUUCAUCGGUUACAUUAUCAUAACUUGGAUUGCUUGUUGUAUAGUCUUAUUCGCUAAUCGUGCUCUUCCAAUGAUCAAUAAUAUUGGACUUGCUUUUAUCUUGGGUGGUGUUUUUAUCACAAUCAUAGUUUGUGCUAUUAUGCCAUCUGGUACUGGGCAUGCUACUCAUUCUUUUGUUUGGGCAGACUGGGCCAAUGAUACCGGCUAUUCCAGUAAUGGAUUUGUUUUCCUUGCAGGAAUGUUAAAUGGAGCUUACGCUGUUGGUACACCUGAUUGUGUUUCUCAUUUGGCAGAAGAAAUUCCAAAUCCUAGGAAAAAUAUACCACUUGCAAUUGGGGCUCAAAUGAGUAUUGGUUUUAUCACAGCAUUUUUAUAUACGAUCACUAUUUUCUACGCAACUACCGAUCUCGAUGCUGUAUUGGCUGCACCAUUUUUUCCACUUACUCAAAUAUAUCUACAAGCCACCGGUACUAUUGCCGGAACAACCGGUCUCCUUUUCGUUAUAUUCUUUCCAAUCUUCUGUACCCUCAUUGGAACGUAUAUAACUGCGGGAAGAUGUCUUUGGACUCUUGCUCGUGAUGAAGCAGUUCCUUUCUCAAAUUGGCUACACGUAAUUCAUCCACACCACAAAAAUCCUCUCAACGCAACCAUCGCUUGUGGUAUAUGCAGUACCAUACUAGGCGUUAUAUAUGUCGGUUCAUCAACAGCAUUCAAUGCUUUCGUCGGUUCUUUCGUCGUUCUUCUUACUCUUUCUUACUUGGCAUCAAUUCUCCCAUUCAUUUUCACGGGUCGCUUCAAUCGUUCUUCUCAAGAAUCUGGUCCUUACAAUAAUAGAAUGAUUCCUGGCUGGUUUCAGAUGAAUGAUAUUGUGGGUUAUACUGUCAAUAUUGUUAGUUGUCUCUAUAUUAUUGUGUUUGUGGUUAUUUAUUGUUUUCCUUAUGCAAUGCCUUUCAAUGCUGCCAGUAUGAAUUAUUCAUGUCUUAUUGCGGGAGCUUUAUCUAUUGCGGCGGGCAUUUGGUGGUUAGUUAAAGGUGGGAAUUACAAAGGACCUCAAGCUGGGCUUUAUGGUCAAUCUGAAGUAGAUUCUGAUGAUGGGAGGAAUGUUUUGAAUGGUAUUCAUGUCGGGGAUAGUGAUGGAAUCGGACUGCAAUUAACCCGUACACUUCUCCAGCGCGAAAAUACAAUAGUUAUCGCUACCAAACGCACGACUUCUACCGAUUCAUCUGGGCUGGAAGGGCUUUUCAAAGCGCGAGGCUCGAGACUUGUUAUCGUUACUCUUUCUUCGGAUAUUGGAGAUGAGAAAGAGAGAAAGAAUACUGUUGGUGAUUUAGUAGAGAGAUUAAAAAAUGAAGGAGUAGGGAAAAUCGAUACCUUGAUCUUAAAUGCCGGCGCGGCAACAAGUUUCGAAAGUGUGAAAGAGACGAGUGUGCAGGAACUGCAGGCUCACUUUCACAUUAAUACGGUGUGGCCGAUUCGGAUUUAUCAGGUUUUGAGACCUCUUUUGCUUGCUUCUUCUGCUUCUGAAGAAGGGGGAGAGAAGAGAAUACAGAAGAAAGUUAUUUAUGUUUCUAGUUACCUGGGUUCGAUUGGUGGAAUGGAAGAUGAGACGCCGUCGAUUGCGUAUGGGAUUAGUAAGGCGGCGGGGAAUUAUUUUGUGAGGAAGCUGCAUUUUGAGGAGGAGGGGAGUGGAGUUGUGAGUGUUGCGGUGCAUCCGGGAUGGGUUAAAACUGAUAAUGGACAAGCUUUUGCGGAUAGUCUGGGGGUGAAAGAACCGCCGAUGAGUUUGGAAGAGAGUGUGAGUGGUGUGAUGGGACAGAUCGAUGUAGCGAGUAGGGAAACUAAUUCUGGAAGCUUUGUUUCGUGGAAGGGGGAUGUGAUUCCCUGGUAG